CGAGGGGCGGGCGGAUCGCGACUAGCAGGGUGUGUAGCACAGUAUUGGAUGCGCCGCGCGGUCGUUGCCACGUCGCGCUGCUCCAUGUGAGACAGCGGGAACAACGUGUCCCCCGGUGUCACCCGCCCCCUCCGCUACGACACCGUGGCCCUGCGAGCAGCGAGGGUUGUCUAAAAAUUCUCGUUCCCCCCCGCGAGAGGUUCGGAACGCGGGGCGGGACGCACCGAGGGGACGCCGGGAGCGACGGACGCGGGGCCGGGCGGAGCGAUGAACGCGGCGCUGCCGAAGGUGCUGUGCUUGAGGAAGGGAGUGUUGCUGAAGCAGGUGUUGGCGCUCAGCAGAGCAGCAACACCCAGAGAAAACUGCCUGUGCGCUGCAGGUGACGUGCUCGUGAGUUGCCACAGACACUACAGAUCCCAUCCUGCGCACGGCAUUGGGAGGUUCAAAUACCUGCUCCCGAAGGAGGUUCCAAAGAGGAAGAAGGAUAAAGUACAGAUGAAAGAGAUAAAUGUUGGGACCGAACAUGAGUAUGGAGAUCUCAACAUCCAGAUGACUUCCUACGAUAUGUGUCUGGUGGAACAUUUCGCUCAAUAUGUGCAUAGACUCUGCAACCGGCUCUCCAUCAGAGUGAAUGAAAGCUACGCCAUGCCCACCAAAACCGACGAGGUGCUGUUCUUGGAGGAGCGAGGUUCCAAAAUGCAGCUGGAUGCGGUUCUCACCACCCACCAGAGGGUUGUCCAGAUCAGCGGUUUGAGUGCGACGUUCGCUCCGAUCCUCCUGGAAAUAAUUCAGAGUAAUCAGCCUGAAGGGGUCCAUCUGUCAGUGGCAGAGCACACCGAAGCUCAUUUCAAGAGCCGAUUAAAGUCCCGGCCGGAACUUGAAGAGCUGCUGGCGCAGAUGAACUGAGACGAGGAAGAAACGCUCCAUCCGCUUCAGAGCCGACUCUGGGAAAGCGAAGCCACUCGAGCCUCCGCAAUGCAACUUCACUGCACUGAUAAUUUGGCGAUCUGCAAGAAAUUCGCACUGUUGUCAAGCAGUUUGUCUUAAUAAAGAGAUGUGUUUAUAUCCAA